AUGGUCUUGAUAUGGCAUAGGCUCAAGAUAUCGGAAUGUGCAGCUAAACGUGGCGAAUGUGAUGAAAGCAAAGGACGUCCAGUUUGUGGAACGGAUGAUCAGACCUAUCCAUCGCGAUGCCAUUUAUUGCGCGUACAAUGUAGUGGACAUCAGGUCAGCUUAAAAUAUCGUGGGCCAUGUAAAGCUUGCAGAGAAGCGCGUGAAUAUGCAUUGAAGCAUAAGUCUCGAAAUCCUACGAAAUUUAUACCGCGUUGCAAGACGGAUGGUACCUAUGCACCUGUUCAAUGUUUGGGUGACACUGGUUGUUGGUGUAGUGAUAUCACAGGCAAACCAAUUGAAAAUACGACUGUACGCACUGGAAGACCUAGAUGUCGGGAGUUUAAUAAACCUAAUAUACGAAGGUCGCCUUCACGUCACCCUACUCCCAGUCGAGGGCGACGCAAUUGCAACCAAGAAGAUCGAGCUGCGUUUAAUACAAAUCUAAUCAGGGUUUUUCAAAGUGAAUAUCUACGUUCAGGUCAACAACAACGUGAUUUAACUUCUGCGUUGAGUGGUGGGGGCGAUAAAGCUACGGGCACUGUAAUGAGUACAGCAGAAAAAUUAGUAUUGAGUUGGAAAUUUACAAAUUUGGAUGGAAAUUCAAAUCAAAUUUUGGAUAAAAUUGAAUUUCGAGAAUUGAAAAAAUUAAUCAGACGGGCAGUAAAACCAAGACGUUGUGGACGUGCCUUCGGUAAAUUCUGUGAUUUAGAUGACGAUGGACGUCUUUCACGCAAUGAGUGGAACAAUUGUAUAACAAAGGAUGGCAUCAAUGGUCAUUUCGUUACCACUCACAAUACCAGUAAAACCAGCAGCAGCUAUAAUAACAGCAACAAUAACGUUCUUCAUACUUCGUAUUCAAAUUAUAACAAUAAAAUUCAUUUAAACAACAACAAUAACAACAAUGGCCAUGGUAUAAACACCAUCCGUGUCAAUGGUCCAAAUGGUCAUCAUGACACCUUGGAUAGUAGCGAGGAUGAUGAAAGUAACCAAAAUUUUGAUGAUUAUGAUGAUGACGUUGAUUAUGAUCCUGAUGAUGAUAAUCUAAGCAUUCAAAAUACAUUGAGUUCAUCUACAAAAUUUCCACCCAUCUUAAUUCUGCGACCGAAACCCGAGUCUCCUCUUAAGGAACCCGAAAGAGAAUCGGAUUGCUUAGCUGAUCAAGAUGCUGCAUUGGAAGAACAGAGGAAUGGUGGGACUAUACUUUAUGUACCUGAGUGCACACCAGAUGGCCGUUACCAACGUGUUCAAUGCUAUCGCUCUACGCCAUAUUGUUGGUGUGUACACGAAGAUACUGGGAAAAAUAUUCCUGGUACUUCUAUAAAACACAUGCGUCCUCAAUGUGAUUUAAUAUAUACAGUGUCGAGACCUAUGAAGGGAUGCCCAGAGCCCAAAAAAACUAUGUUUUUGAAAGAUCUUAAAGAAUUUCUCAAAUCUCAAAUCAUACAUGAUACAAAAACAAGCGGAAACCAUACAAAUUGGAGUUCUGAGGAUGAACGCAUUGCAACACAAAGCUUUCUGCUUUUGGAUAAAAAUAUGAAUAAAGCUUGGGAACGCAAAGAGUGGAAGACGUUUCGGGAGUUAGUCAUGAACUCAAAGACUUUACGAAAAUGCGGAAAGAAAAUGCCUCGGUACUGUGAUGCAAAUGGCGAUAAGAAAAUUACACUAACUGAGUGGUUGAACUGCUUACAGACUCAAAGUGUUGAGGUGAAAACACCCCAAAAUCAGUUACAGCGAAACGGAGAGUCUGGCACUUCGAAACCUUUAAAAUUAACUGGAUCAAAUCCCCUUGAGCAAUAUCUCAAAGAUUGAACACACCGAUUUGAAUAUAUAGAGCAAUGUGCCAUUUUGAACUAACACACAUUUUUUGUAAUGAAAUGGAUAGAUGAGGAGAGAGAGCAGUAGAGAUAUCAAUCGAAUUUAAAAUAAAAAUAAAACAAAUUCAUAAAUUAUUUUUAAAUAUUGUUAAAUUUUUUUAAUUAAAUACAUCGCAUAAUACUUUACAUGCAAAUAUGUAUGGAAUCAGUGAAAGUACCUUACAUUCCUGAGCAUCCUUUAAAAUCACUAGAAAUAUACUUAUUAAUAUACUUAUUUUAAACACACAAACUUAGUUUAAGAAAUGUUGAUAUAGCGCCUUAAUAUUAAAUAUUAUU